AUGGGAAGGGUUUACUUGAUCGAGAAAGACGAACCUGCGUAUACGUGUGCGACAUGUAAUGCCCAAAUUGCAUUACCUCCUCCACUCAUGGACUAUUGGAUCGGUUAUUAUGAGUUCUAUCAUGUAAGACUCGGACCCGAUUUCUUACAUCUCUACUGGGGCCAUGAAGUGUCUUGCGUGAACUGCUGCAGUGUCAUCGGAUGGAGAGAUGUUGACGAGACCUUCCGCUUUGAGCAUGGUAGGAUUCUUCCACCGCAAAAUCCUCCACUACCCGUGAUUCCCGCAGGACCGCAAAAUCCUCCACCACUGGUGAAUCCCUCAGGACCGCAACAUCCUCCAUUACCCGAUGAUUCACCACCGCAACAUCCUCCAUUACCCGAAGGUUCACCACCUCCGAUUCCUCCACCACCGGUAGAUCCCCCACCACCAGACGUUCAACCAUAG